AUGGCCCCCCGAACCCCCCUCGUCAUCGUCUUGGCCGCGUCCGUCGCUGUCGGCUGGUUCCUCUCCGGCCUGCUCGGCCUGCUCCCGCCGCUUCGCAGCUCGGCGGCGGUCCAUCGCAUCUCGGCCGACGACCUAGGCCUCGCGCUGCCGCCGCUCAACUUCUCGUCGCCGCCGUCGACGGACGCGCACCGGGCCUACUACGGCUCCUCGGCGGCGGCGGCCUUUUGCGCCGCCCACGGCUACGCCGUCUUCGAGCCGCGGUCGACGUCGGGCGAGCGCAAGAUAUACGACCUGUUCAUGGUCAACUCGGAGCUCGACUUUCUCGAGAUCCGCCUGGCCACGCUGUACGAGCACGUCGACUACUUCGUCAUCGUCGAGUCACCGCGCACCUUCCAGGGCCGCGUUCGGAACCUCGUCAUCCGGGACAACUGGCAGCGCUUCGCGCGCUGGCACGACAAGAUCAUCUACCACCUGCUCGAGUUCCCCGCCCACUUCGCGCCCGUGCGCACCUGGGACUACGAGGACCUGCAGCGGGACGCGACCUUUGCCCAGGUCCUCCCCCGGCUCGAGGGCCGGCAGGCGCCCGUGACGGGCGACGUGCUCGUCGUCGCCGACGUCGACGAGAUACCUCGGCCGGAGACGCUGCUGCUGCUGCGGACCUGCGCCUUCCCGCGCCGCCUCACGCUCGCCUCGCGCUUCUACUACUACUCCUUCCAGUUCCUUCACGUCGGCGCCGAGUGGCCGCACCCGCAGGCGACCUUUUACGAGGGCCCGGACAGCACCCUGCGGCCGCGGGACCUGCGGGGCGCCAACGGCGACGGCCGCUGGAGGCGCGCGCGCGAGUCGGGGACGCUCGGCAACGCCGCCUGGCACUGCAGCAGCUGCUUCGCCACCGUCGACCAGUUCCUCGACAAGAUGGCCAGCUUCUCCCACAUGUGGAUGAACGAGCCUCGCUACCGCGACAGGAGGCGCAUCGCCGACGCCGUCCGCGCCGGCCGCGAUGUCUGGGGCCGGACCAAGGACCACUUCCGCCGCGUCGACGGCAACUCGGACCUGCCUCCGGUCCUGGCCACCGACGAGGGCAGACGCAGGUUCGGCUACAUGCUGAGCCGGGACGGCGAGAGCGCCGGCUUCACCGACUUUCCCUGA